GUGAAAUCAGUGGUAGGCCUUGGCUUCUCAGACAAGAGUCCCAUGUGAUCAUCAUCCAGGCAAGCUCAGUGAGGCUGAGGCAGCUCUGCAAGCAGUAGGGACGACAAGCAACCGUCAGGGCAAUGCUGUGCGUUCAAAACCAGUGAUCAGCAUUAAUCGGAUUGUCAUUAGAAUUUCUGCAUAUGAAGCUUAUGGAUUGGCAAACAUCAUAUUGAGCAGGUAUAUGCAACAGCAGUGCAGCUAUGAGCGGAAUUUUAAAGAGAAAAUUUGAAGAAGUAGAAGGCUCUUCCCCUUGUUCUUCUAUACAGGAAUCCGACGAUGACAUUUCUAGCAGUGAGAGCGCGGACAGCAGCGACAGCGUCAACCCAUCCAGCUCAAAUCACUUUACACCAUCAUCCAUUCUAAAACGUGAGAAACGACUUAGAGCCAAAAAUGUCCGCUUCAACUGUGUCACGGUGUAUUAUUUCACAAGGAGGCAAGGAUUCACAAGUGUGCCGAGCCAAGGAGGGAGCACGUUGGGGAUGUCCAGCCGUCACAACAGUGUUCGCCAAUACACCCUUGGGGAGUUUGCCCUAGAACAAGAUAGGUUACAUAAAGAGAUGCUGAGAGAUCACCUUAGAGAAGAGAAACUCAACUCCCUCAAGCAAAAGAUAACCAAAAAUGGCACAGUGGAGUCUGAAGAAGCCAGCAUUCUAACCCUAGACGAUAUUUCUGAUGAUGAUAUUGAUUUAGACAACACUGAGGUGGACGAAUAUUUCUUCCUGCAACCUCUGCCAACGAAGAAACGGCGAGCGCUGCUCCGAGCAUCUGGAGUGAAAAAGAUUGACGUGGAAGAGAAACACGAGCUGAGAGCCAUCCGUCUAUCCAGGGAAGACUGCGGUUGCGACUGCAGAAUAUUUUGUGAUCCAGAAACAUGCACUUGCAGCCUCGCAGGCAUAAAAUGUCAGGUUGAUCGUAUGUCGUUCCCGUGUGGGUGUUCCAAGGAAGGAUGCAGCAAUACAGCCGGUAGAAUAGAGUUUAAUCCUAUCCGUGUAAGGACACACUUUUUGCACACAAUCAUGAAGCUUGAGCUAGAGAAAAACAGAGAGCAGCAGGCAACUCUCGGAAACGGUUGCCACAGUGACGUCAACUCCCUUGCCAGUGCCCUUGCCCAAAAUGGCCACUCUGUAGAGUACUCUAUUGCAGAGAAUUUUGAAAUAGAAUCUGAGUCUCAGUCGGCAUUAAUGCACUUUCAGUCCUCUGAUCAUUUAGACUGCAACGGUGAUGACGAAGAGGAAGAUGACGGCAGCAGUUACUGUAGCGGGGUUACCGAUUCCAGUACGCAAAGUUUAUCACCUAGUGAAUCAGAUGAUGACGACGAUGAAGAUGAUGAGGAUGAUGGAGACAAAUCAGAUGAGUUUAGUGAAGUCAUCUCCCCUCACGAUGACAAUAUCACCGGACAUUCAGUCCUUUGCUAUUCCAAUGGCAACACAAUGCACGACAACCACUUGAAAAAUGCUUCGUAUUACUCUAACUCAUCGGCCCUGUAUUAUCAAAUAGAGAAUCACAAUUCUGGCACCACAAACCAAAUACCUGAGCCAUAUCCAGAUAGGAGCUCUGUGAAAAAUGCCACCCUUAAUUUGGUGCCUUACAACAUGAGAGCAGAGCAGUUCGCCGACUACUCAAGGCAACACGAAGAAAGUUUCUCCAGCUGCCAUUACCCUACAACAAACCCAUCUGUUAUAGUGUGUUGUGCCGCCACAGAAAAUGAAAACAACACAUCUUGCCACAAUUUAUACCCUGAGCUAAGAUCCAAUCUCCCUCAAGUAGAAUUUCACUCGUACUUAAAAAGCUCCUCUCCUGAUGGAUUUGUUCCUAAUUUGAAUGGAUCUAGCCAUCACUCGCCUGAACUGCUUAACGAUAAUCCUGUGAACCUAUCAGAAACAAGUAAACUUCACGACGAUUGCAUAAAACCCCCUGUAGUGGAAACGGUACCUGUUUAGAUAACAACGUCUACUUUGCCAUCUUCUCCAAUUGUAACUGAACUCAGUUUCUAACAAUCGAAAAUAUUUUUAACCAAACACAGCUGAUCUACAUUUUUUUUUUUUCGUCUAGUAGAAAUUGGUUAAACAUAACGAUUUAGUUGUCUAGGCUAUGACAAUGCACAAUAACUAUUUAUCAAGCAAUGUAAACUACUGAAACCAUGUCGAUUUAUUAGGAAGCAUUGGUUUGAAUAUGUUACUCUGUCUAUAUAUCUCUAAGCAGCCUUGUAUCAAAAGUAUGUGAAGACUGCCAAACCAGCUCAAUGAAAUCCUAAUAUAUUUGAGAAAAAUGGGGUCUGUGCAAGAUUAUCAAGAGAUUCUUUCAGUAUGGAAAACCUUAAUACUAGAUUUAUUGAAGAAUAAUUCAAUAUCAUUUUGUGAAACACUAUUUCCUCAUUAUCUAUGUGAUUUAUUUAUGGAAUUUACGUGUAUUAUGCAGUGUUUGUUUUUAUACAGAUGGACAGCAUGUUCAUAGUGGGGGUGGGGUGGGCUGGGGGGAGUGGUUAAGGAUUCAUAGAUUGUUAGAGCAUGUCCACAAAAAUAAAUAAUACAAACUGUGGCAUUUGUCUAAGACAUAUCAUAAAAGACUGUGCAAAUGGCAUUGACUUUUUUGUUGUUGGACAUGGAGUCCAUUAGAACCAAAUAAUGCUUAUUAAACCACAUGUGAUGUUAUUUUUAUGGGGAUACUGUGAUCCUGGUGUGUUCUGCAGAUUCUUGCCAUCAUUUCUGAAACAUUUCACUGCCGUUUGGUUUGAAUGGUUCCCAUCAGAAUCCCUCAGGCUCUGAAGAUGAUACAAGUCCUCCACAGAAUGUCCAAGAGAAAGCCAAUACUUUUGGUAGCACAGUUAUUGCUUCUCAUGGACAGAAAGCUGAACCUAAACAGCAUUUCAGUGAUGGUGACUAACAGCAUUAACUGAUUGUACUGUGGAGCUGAUAAUUCAAGUAGAAAGCUUUUACUUAUCUCAUGCCAAUGCCUAUUAAUGACACUGAGAAUUCAAAUGAGAGUAACACUUGGUAAGAUACUGCAGGACAACUUUAUUAAGUUCUUCUGACAUUGAAAACAGAUAUGGGAUUUACUGUUGAACUAAGAUUUUCCUCAUUUUGCUUCGCUUCUCAUUUGUCAUAGACCUGGUCCAAAGUAACAUAAUCAUUGUAACAAAUGUUAAAUAACACAGCCUUCAUUCAUUGCGAUGGCUGAAUAAUUGGUAUAUGUUCGUCGUUAGAUUUUAGACAUGAUGCAGAUUACAAACUGUAUCUAAACAACCCGUCUUUGCAAGUAUUGUAGAUAAUAAAUCCCAUACCUGUUAAUAUGAGUCCAUGGAACUGACCUUUGCAAGGAAAGUUUAUCUUAUUUUUGAUAAACUUGGGUUUUUAUUUUCUUCCAAAAAGACAAUGAAGUAUAAAAGUAUUAUGUUUUUGUGUGCACCGAACAUUCUCUGCUGGCAUAUAUGUUUAAGUACAUUAGGAUGGGCCAACAAACUGCUUGUCUCUUCAGAAAAUUCUAUAUAUAUUGCCAAAAGUAUCUAGACACAUGCUGAGGUCCAAACUGUCCAGAACAAGAACUAUGGGGAUUAUAUGGGCCAGACAUGAUUACUCUGUACAAGUACAUUAGAGGGGAUUAUAGGCAGAUAGGGGGGGGGUUCCCAUAAAAAUGACCAGCGCACCAGAGGCCCCCCUUCCCCUUUAGAUUGUGGGAAGGGAACUUUCAUUUGAAGCAGCUUAAGGCAGGGAGGUUGGGGAAUGCCCUUCCUAGUGAUGUUGUAAUGGCAGAUU